AUGGGUCAUCGUGUCAACCUGCUAUUUUGCAUCUGUCUCUCCGUGAUCUUGGUUGCAUCAGCUGCGAGACUGCCCAACUAUGGCGUUUGGAAAGGGACAGCGACGUUUUUCUCUGCGCCUCGGAGCCCUUCAGGACGAACGGCACUUUUGACCAUUCGAGAUGGCAAGACCUACCACACUAGUCCCGUUCCUACACCCCCACCAAACAUCAAUAUACUCGCAACUCUCAGCAUGGAAGCACCAGAGAUUUACGAUACUCGUAUCGUGUAUUGGAUAGAUCGCAACUUCACGGCUUCUCUCGUGUCAGACAGCUUCCUCUUGGCGAAUCUGAAGCCCGGAUACCACAAUAUUCCAUCAACUGAGGAGGACCCUCACAGUGUCCCAGGACUUGACAUGGUGGCAGAUGGGCAUAUUGACAUGAGAAAGGGCGUAUUCGGAAUACACAACGCUCCAGGACAUUUUACAGAUGUUAAAGACGUGAUGAAGUCCUUUUUUGACCCGGCUAUCGAGGCGCAGGCAGAUAUUUGGGUCUGGGGCCAACGAGGAGAAAAUGGAAAAGGAUUUGUUAUGCAUCAUGUCCAAAUGAAUCAAGGGCAUUCGGGAACACUCGCCGAAGAGAAUGGACGAGGCCAAGACGGCGGUGUCAUAGUCAGGUACUACGACCACUGGGAGGCGCUGUUCAUCGCGUUUCCUCAGCAGGCGGCCAUCACGGAUGAAGCGGGAGAGCCCGUUGGCGAUGUCUUGGCUAAUAUCGUUGGUCGUGGGUAG